CUGGGCGGUGACACCAAAAGCUCCCGCUUGCUGCUUGGCGGCGUCGUCCGGCCCAGAGCGUGGAGGGCGGCGGGGCAGGUGGGGCGCCUCCCGAAGGGCGGAGCAGGGAGCUGGGGCUGCAGGCGCUGACGCCGCGCUCCCCGCGCCCGCCAGGCAACCGCGCCGCGCGGCUGGCGGAGCUGGUGGCGGGCGCGGCGGGACCACCCUUGUGAUGCUGCCGCUUCUGCAGGAAGCACCCGAGCCCGCUGCCCAGAGAGGUCGGCUGAACAAAGCUGAGGCUCAAUUGUGCUUCCUGCUUGUCAGCCUCUUGCUUCCCAAACGCGUGCCAUUUCCACUUGAUGUCAUCACGCAGAAGGGGGUGAAAGGGACUUGGUGACACAUUCAGACUGUGCGUGAGGAAUGUUCCAUAGGGGACCCUGCCUGGAACAUUGGGCAUCUGGUUGGAAGACCCUCUGCUCAUCUGAACUGGCUGUUAACGCAUCAGCCCCAGGACAUGCUGGGGACUGGCCUGCCUGCCCCUUGUUGGCUCCUUGACGAUGCCUGCAUUCUCUUCCUCUGUCCCUCUGUUUGAAUCCUGAUUCUUCCUUUAAUACCCUACUUAAAUCCCAUCUCUGAAUUAUGGAUGAUUGCAGCUGAAAAUGACUUUUGCUGCCUCCCACACCUCGCAGAUCUUACUGUAGACCCUGGGGAUGGCCAACUGCUGAGCCGUGAUAGAUGUGGGUUCCCUGAGGGCUGUGCCUGCCUUACGCGACUUUGCAUCCCAGGUGUCAGGAGCUUACAACGUCCUGAGGAGACUGUUCCCGUUUUAUAGUCAGAACACCUGAGACGAGAUGAGGUGAAUUGAUAGUCCAUGAUCUCUGCAGUUCAGAGAAAUGAAUACACCUGAGUGUGCUAGACGCCUGUGAGCUCUCCGAUCACCUCCCGGCUUUGGAAAGACUCAAAGAAGGAAGGUGCCGGAGUAGUGGACUCUAAGAACCAGCUUCUUUCCCUGAGCCUUUACGUCCCUGCUCCCAGACCGCGAUGGAGACGCUCUCCCAAGAUUCUUUGAUGGAAUGUCAGAUCUGUUUCAAUUAUUACAGCCCCCGGCGAAGGCCCAAGUUGCUGGAUUGCAAACACACCUGCUGCUCGGUGUGCCUUCAGCAGAUGAGGACGAGCCAGAAGGACGUGAGGUGCCCUUGGUGCCGGGGCAUCACCAAGCUGCCCCCAGGCUUCUCCGUGUCACAGCUCCCCGACGACCCCGAGGUCCUCGCUGUCAUUGCCAUCCCGCACGCCUCUGAGCACACCCCCGUCUUCAUCAAACUUCCCAGCAAUGGGUGCUACAUGCUGCCCCUGCCCAUCUCCAAGGAGCGAGCACUGCUGCCAGGAGACAUGGGCUGCCGCCUGCUGCCCGGGAGCCAGCAGAAGCCUGUCACCGUGGUGACCAUCCCCGCCGAGCAGCAACCCUUGCAGGGCGGGGCUCCCCAGGAGGCGGUGGAGGAGGAGCCAGACAGGCGGGGCGUGGUGAAAAGCUCCACCUGGUCGGGCGUGUGCACUGUGAUCCUGGUGGCCUGUGUCCUGGUCUUCCUUCUGGGCAUCGUGCUCCACAACAUGUCUUGCAUUUCGAAGCGCUUCACUGUGAUAUCCUGUGGCUGAAGAGGGCGGCGGGGAAGGCUCUUGUGGGUGCCACGUAGGGGCCGAGCAAGUGUUGGUGAUGGGAUGGAGGUGAGAAGAGGGGGGCGACGCUGAUGCUGAUCGUUUGGUGCUGAGCGCUGGCCUCUGGGCUGCCCCUUGAUGGACCCAAGACAAACAUGAAGGGCGGAAUGGGAGGUCUCAACAAGGUACCAGGCGGAUCGCUCUGAGUACUGAUGGCAGCAGCUUCGAAGACGAUUGCAUGCAUCCUCAUAGUUGUUUAUUCAAUGGACUGUAAUUUAUGAUUUUUCAGAAUCAUGUUAGGAGAUAGACAUUAAAGUACUUAGACGUUAAACUGUGCAAGUGCAUACAAUGUGAUCUUCUCUAAAUGUGGUAGAUUAAAACAAAGAUGCUAUGUAUACAAGUAGAAUUAAACCUGAGAAAUCCAUGUAAAAAUUCAGCGAUGACAUGCAGUGCUGGUUUCUUUCCUUUUUUAAAAAUGAAACCCGUCUUCAUUUAGUUGCUAAGGCUUUUUACACUUUUGGGAUGGCACCCAAAUUAAAGUAAGUUAAGCAGACAGUCAUUUUUGAAGAAAACAUUUGAAUGUUUCCAAUGUGUUGUGUUUUUGUCAUGUACCUUCAUUUUUCUUCCCUUGUAAUUAGAGCUCGAUAUGUGUUUAUUAAAUGAAAGCCCAACAGGGGGGCAAUGAACAGAGUGACAAUGAGAAGCGCCUAAUCCCACAGGAAAACUAUAUGCCAAUUUUCAAGCCAUCUCAAAAUAAGAAUUUUAAAUGUAAAUAUUGUGUAUUUGUGUGUGUGCGGGCGCGCACAUGUGUGCGUGUGUAAUUUGAUUUACCUCAGGUUUUGAAUUUUUUAGAAGAAUCCUGGGGGUAAGACUUUGAGGACAUGAAUGAGUCCAGGGUCUGAAAUGGUGGUGACCUCCUGGGCAUCAGGACCCACCCACUAGGAUGUCACAUAUUCAUCACUUCCAAUACUUGCUCUUUUACUGUGUAUUCAAGUCCUGUAUUCUGUGAGGCACAAACGGAGAAUAACAGAAGAUUCUGUCUUUUCUCCCGAUUUUGGGGUAUUGUCAUCACCAUGAGUAUUUUUCACUGAUGACAAACCCGGGCUGGCAUUUUAAUAGACGGUCUAUGAUUAUUUUUUGAAACAUAUUGUUCCAUGAGAGUUAAAUCAUUCAUAAAUCCAGUUUCCUCUCGUUGUAUAAGUAAGAAUAUUUCUUGUAUUUUGAAACAUGCUUUUAUUGAGGAAAGUGGCAAGGUAAACCAUUGGCUCACAUUCCCAGUUUCAGUGGACCAGUCCCUCCUAAAUUAUCAAAUAUUCUUAAAUGCACAAUUGUAGAUAUGCAUGAAGAAAGAUCUGCUAGUAUUCAAUGAUAAAUUCCUAUGCCUGGAUGUGUGUGCAUUCAGAAAUAGCUGCGAGCUUUACAGUUAUUUUCUAAUUUAUGUCACGAAACAAGUGGUAUGUGACAAGGACUCCACUCAUAAAUAUAUCUAUUUAUGUUCCAUUGAAUCCACGAAAAUAGGGGAGAGAAAGGUAGGCAGUGACUGGUUGCAAAAAGCAAGGCUCGAAAUAACCCUGUAAGAUGGAGAUAAUUUAAUUUACUUAUAUGCUAACUAUUACCUUCAAGCACACAAAAUAUGCACAUUAAAGUGAUGGAAAUUAUAUGAGAUAAAAUGACAAUAUAAUGACUAGAAUCCAAAGCUAACACUGUUCAUUGGUGUGAGGAUUCAAUAUAAAAAUGUUAAUUUGGGUUUUUAAAUUUUUUCGUAAGACCUUUAGGAAAUGUAUUUGAAAGCUCAAACUAGAAAUUAGGUUAAAAUGCCAUUUUAUUGUGUAAGCUAUUGGGCAUUAUACAACAAAUCUAGGAUUUAUUUGGUAUUAAUAAUUUAGGUAUCAUAUUAGCUGAAUUUUAUCCUCUGUUACAUAACAUAAUAUACUGUUGGGUUAGUGUCAAUUUCUCAGACUCAACCAGGCUGCCGUAACACAUGUCUGACCUAAUUUCUAUUUCUCUUGGAAGGAAAAAAAAAAAAACUGACAGAAAUAUAGCAUUAAGAAUACAUCUCACGUACAUGCCAUGUUCAAAUUAAUUUUGUAACUGAUACCUAUAUUGUUCAUGAACAGUAUGAAAUGACUGGCCAUGUAGUAUAGUAGGUGAUAGAAUUCUUUGUUAAGUAGGUUAUACACAGACACUAAUGUGUGUGACAGCACAGUGCCCUGUUUUCCUUCGUGCAAAACCAUAGUGUAAAAAUGUCCACGUAACUUGUACUUGAAAACAAUCCCAUGCUGGAGCUGCAAUUAAGCAGUGCAAAAUUAAUCAGCUCUAUGCUAGACUCUUGACUUUACAAUGUAAGGUAACAAUAAUGAAAAUCAGAAUUCUUUGUGUGAGUCUUACUGACAUAAGAAACAUUGUUUAUGUGAAUUCUGCCUGCAGUUCCUUGUGUACCUGUUUGUUAGUGUGCAUUCUGUGUGUGUGUGUGUGUGUGAGAGAGAGAGAGGGGGAGAGAGAGAGAGAGAGAGAGGGUUGGCCAUA